AUGGCAGUCCUUUCUCUGCCCUUGACAUUCACGAAUUCUUUUUGGACCCAGGACUACAGAAAAGGCCUGGAAGUUUUGUAUUCAAAGCUGGAACAAGGAGUCGCAGAAAAUGAUGAGAUCGUCGCAUUCAUUAGAGCUCGCGCUACCCUGGAAAAACAGCUGGCUACUGCUCUCUCAAACCCUGCACCGACUGGUACAACAAGGACAGGCUUCAGCUCAGACGAUGGUGCUUCGUUGUUGAUGGCAUUUCGCGGUCUUCAGGCAGAAUCCGUUGCACACGGUGAAGCUCAUAAGUUGAUCUCUAAAGACUUGCAGGUUUUGGUGGCAGACCCUUUUGACGAGUGGGCUCAAAGCUACAAGGGGGAGCUGUCGAAAAGCAGAUCUACUGCCAUUGACAAUUGGUUGCGUUCCUAUGAACAAUCCCAGAAAGAGGUAAUCAAGUUGAAGAACUCUUAUUUGCAGAAAAUGCGCCGUGCUGAUGAGGCCGAAGACGACGCGAAAUUUGCUCCCAACAACGACCUUGGUGACAAGUAUACGACGUCGCCACGUUUAGCUCCCCGUGACGCCCGGUCGCCGCCACAGCGAACUUCUAGUGUUCAAGACCGUAUUACUCAACGCUUUAAAGAAAUUCAACGCAAGGCAGCAUCCUCGUCUACAGAGUCAGAUACUAACACAAAUGAGACUUUGGAUGAGAAGGAACUUCCCAAAAUCGACAAGGGCAAAGGGAAGGCAGUUGAGGUAUCUUCUCCACGCGAGUUGACCAUGUCUCCACCGCCCCUAUCUCCCCCUUUGCCUCCUGCAAGGAUUGAUAUUGUGCCUCCCGAAUCGCCCAUGCCGCCGGCCCCGCCAAGCCCUAUUCUGUUGGCCGGUCUUUCGCUGCCGCCUUCGGCCAUCUCUGCAUUGUUAAUUCGUGCCGCGAGUGAGCUCAAUCUUCGACCGGUUCGCUUUCCCCUUCUGGGCGAGUACCAGAAGUGCUUCUCGGGUGACGAAUUUGUUGAAUGGCUGAACGCGAAUGUGCAAGGGUUUGGUGGUAGUCUGGAGCUUGCCGAAGAAGCAGCAAGGGAUCUUACAGAGCGGGAAGACUUGCUUCGGAGGAUCGGAGAGUUUGGAAAUAACUUUGAAGCCACCGAGGAGGCAUUCUAUCAAUUCAGGCCCAAGGCAUUCGACUUGGAAGGCAAGGGCACAGAUUCUGGUGCCGCCCCUAAGAGAAACCUGGCACCUAUUGCAGACAACCUCUUGAAGCGGUCGAACACUUUGGUUAACGUUGUAGCCAAGGCCUUGAAUAACAACACCAAUGGACAGUCUGAACCUGCUUACGUGAGGUUACGACGCGAAGCGGAUGACGCCGACAAGACCUACCGCGUUGCUGUCAGGAAACUCGACAGGCAACGACUUGGCCUCGAGGAGAGGAUUGAAGAGGUCCUGAAGACUCUGCAAAGGUGGGAGGCUGAGCGGUUGCGAGCCGUGAAGACUGUCUUGCUUCAAUAUCAAGGCACUCUAGCACACUUGCCCAAAGCUAUUGAUGCGUCCAUCGAGCGUUCUGGCACUCUCGUUGCUGCAUUUCAGCCUGAGUCAGACCUCACAGCAUUGAUUGAGCGCUAUCGCACAGGACCUUUCCGUCCUGUUCCUCAACUCUACGAAUCAGUAGCCCAUGAUGAGUCUGACGUAGUGUUUGGGAUUGACCUGCGUAAGUGGGCUGAGGGUGGCUGGAACACCCUUACCACGGGUGAAGACAAGAGAGAGCAUAUCCCUCCUGUCCUCACUGCACUUCUGGACGGAUUGACCGAGUCGUACAAGAGGUUGCCCAAUGAUGCUGAGAAGCGCAAAGCUUGGAUAUACGACGUCCCACUUCCCGCUGUGCACCAUUUGCGCGAAAGCUUGAAUGCCAUACCACCUGAGCAGCCCUUCUCACUUGAGAUGCUGGAGAAAUACGAUGCUGCUGUCAUUGCAGGCGCUAUCAAGCUGUGGGCAUUGGAACUUGACCCCCCUCUUGCAUUGUGGGAAGGCUGGGAAGACAUUAGGAAACUAUACCCAACAGUUGGAUCUAGUGCUAAGCCAGAUGGUGACGUGUCUGAAGAGCAACAUAUUCAGGAUUUGCAAGUGGCAUUGCAACGUCUACCUAAAGUUCAUCUUUUCGUGCUUGACGCCAUUAUCAUCCAUUUGAGGAGCCUUAUUGAAACAACUAAAGUGGAAGAAGCCGAUGAAAUUUACAUUACAAAGCUUGCCUUGUCAGUCGGCCGUACCAUUAUUCGUCCUAAGUAUGAAUCACAGCUGUCGGUUCAAGACCGCCAUCCUACUUUAUUAUUCAUCGACUUGGUGAAGAAUUAUACGGACAUCCUCCCACCAACCAUUGAAAAGAAGAAACGGGAAGCUGAACGUCGCAUUCCUGUCCGGAAGCGCACUGCUCCCAUUGACAUGCGGAUGAGUAGGAGCAGAAUCUCAGUAGGUGGUCCAACAAGGGAAAUCAUAGCCGCGCAACAAGCUGCGCAAAAAAUGGCUGUCGAAAAAGUGUCUCAGCCAUUCACGCUUGAAGUAUCUUCUGAAGUCUCACAACCUCAUUCACUGCCACAAGUUCCAGUGUCUUCCAAACCAGAGUCUCCUGCAGAAGUAAUUCCGUCACCUGUUACGUCCAAUAUCAGCGUGAAACCUCCUACGCCUGUCCGCACGCCGCCUGCACCCGCGUCAUCUGAAGAUUUUGGCCAUUUACCUGCACGACCCGUUUUCAAGGAACCUCCCCCUGAGGAUGAAGAUUUUCCUCCCCGGCCCUCUUUCAAGGAACCACCACCUGAGUUAGACGAUGCCCCGCCACAGCCCAGAUUCGUCUCACCACCCCCAUCUCCUCCUCCUGAAGUUCAAACCGAGGAAAAGAUUCCUUCGCCAGUAGUGGGUGUUACUCCCCCGACCCCACAGAAUGCCAGUGCGAAGAUACUGAGACGGCAGUCUGCUAUAAGAUCAAGCAGCCCGUCAUCCGCUGCCCGGACGCCUCCUAGCCCCACUCCUUCCAGUGAAGAUCAAACUCUUGGAACUGGCAGAACUUCGCUCUCUCGUUCAGGCUCUGGACAGACUGGCGUUCGUGGACCCCGAUUGUCCCGCGGACCUAGAGUGCACGGUGGUGGUAGCGUCAGCAGUCUCGUCUCGAAUUUCAAUAAAAACUCUGCCUCGCCGCCACCGUCACCUGGUUAUAAGAGGUUGUCGGGAUCCCCUCGCCCGACUUCUUUAUUGUCAGGCAGCGGGCAAGAUUCCAAACCGAGGAGCGUUGGACGUGGGGCAGCGUUCUCCAGAAGAACCAUGGCAAGUGAUGCUGAAGACGAGGUUGUGGAUAAGUAGAUAAUGGUAGUUGCUUGUGUGCUUUUCCAUACUUGUCUUGGAAAGAGGAUGAUAUGGACUUUAUAUUGAUUUAUGAGUCUCACAUGCCGUAUCUAUGCGAAUCGGACACUGUUUCUAAUGUAGUCUUUCUAUGAUAUGUAGACUGAUGUCAAUGCAACUCGGUGGCUCGAAGUCACCUUACCUUGUUGCUGUAAUAUACGUACAUGUGAUGG